AUAGGAGUUCUAAAAUAAAACACAAUUUGCUUUUAAAAUGGUAGACAAAAAAGAUAAAUCAGUGGUUGUUCAACCCCCGUGUGGUCUUAUUAAAGGAAUAUCGGAAAUUUCCGUUUUAGGAUACGAAUACGUGAAUUUUUAUGAUAUUCCCUAUGCUAAACCUCCUCUUGGACCCCUGCGUUUUAAGGAUCCUGAGCCCCUUGAACCAUGGGCUCAUUUAUUUGAUGCAAGUGAAUGUGCUCCAAAUACUCUUGAUGAUCAAGUUUUAAAUGAAGAUUGCCUCAAAUUGAACGUCUACACGAAAAAUGCCCGACUUGUACAUGAUCUUCAGCCUGUAAUGAUUUUCAUUACUGGAGGGUUCUUUUUAAGGAGUCCUAGCCAUAAAGAUGUCUACGGACCAGAAUUUCUUCUGCAGAAAGAUGUAGUUUUGGUUACAUUUAAAUACCGAUGUGGUGCCUUAGGCUUUCUGUCCAGUGAUGAUCCUGAAAUUGGUGUUCCUGGCAAUGCUGGACUCAAAGAUCAAGUCAUGGCACUGAAAUGGGUUCAGCAAAAUAUCAGUGCAUUCGGAGGCGAUCCUAACAAUGUUACGGUUUUCGGUUAUAGCGCUGGAGCCUGCAGCAUCCACUAUCACAUGAUGUCACCUCUAUGCAAGAAUCUCUUUCACAAAGCAGUAAUGAUGUCCGGAUCGGCAUUUUAUGUGCGAGGAUUUAUGCCAAAACUCAACUGGGCUACACGUUUGGCCAGAAAAUUAGGAUGGCGUGGUCGAGACAAUGAAGAGGCUUCGGCAUUUCAGUUUUUGAGAGGAAUCGAUGUAAAAACGUUAAAGGCACAUGAAGAGAAACUUCUCACUGAGCAGGAAAAACUAAACGGUCUAAAUUCGAUUUACGGACCGGUUUUAGAGACCUACAGAUCGAGGAUGUGCAUGAUCCCUGAUCACCCUGAAGAAAUGAUGAAAUACUCCUGGAGUCAGGGAAUACCUCUUAUGAUUGGAGGAACGCAAAAUGAAGGACUUAUCUUCUAUCGAGAUGCAUUGGAAAAUCCUGAAGUUUGGAAUAAUAUCAACACAACACCUUCAACACUUUUGCCGUAUGACCUAACCCAGGACACAACUAAGAGAAUACUUUACGGGGACAAAAUGAAACUUUUCUACUUCGGCAGACAUGAUGCAACAGUCGACGAUCUGGAGUCAUAUAUAUACGUAAGACUUUACUUACAACAAACCUAUGGGGAAAUUUUUUAA